AUGUUGCAGGACACAAACGUACAGCAGUUUGCUCCUUCCAGGUCCUCCGAUGCCCAUCACGGCAACGACUUGUCAGAUCGUGACUCCAAGAGGAGGGAGUACGAUCGAUUUCAUGCCGAAGUCUUGACGCAGUUAAUGUCGAAUCUGUCCAAACACCAGUCGGAUAACAAAGUUCAGAGCGCAAGGGGCAGCGGCUUGAAGUCAGCGCCCACAAGAUUCAAGACGCAUGAAGAAUACGUGGAGACGUUCCGGCCCCUUGUCAUGGAGGAGAUAGGAUCCGAGAUCGAGCAGAGUCUCAAGGAGAAGCUAUACGACAGCCAUCCUGCGGAACUGUCGUCCGACAACAACGAGGAAGACAGGAAUCGCCGUGACGGGCCGGGAACAUACAUGUUCGAAAACCAUGAUUUUGCCUUGAUUGAGGUGUGCAAGAUGGUAUGGAUAAAGGGCCUUGCUUCUUCGCCGAAAAAGUCUGCGAUGAAAGAUCCCUCGGGAAAGUCUCCAGUCAAGAAAGAGAGCGGCAAGUGGGUCAAGUCAGGAGAGCCCCGGAAGUUCUAUGCGAUCGUCGCCGGGAACUUUCAUGCGCAUUACUCCCAAAAGUUCCUGUGCUCCGUGCGAGUGAAGACGCUCAAGUCUGUGGACCUUGAGUUCGCCACCAACAUCUCGAAGUCUAAGGUAGCUGCCGAUGACGCCUGCGAUGUUUUCAGUCUCACUUGCCGUCAGAGUGAAAUCCGCUACCAAUGGAGCAUACAGAGGUUGCGGAACAUGGGUGCGAGUAUAAGAGAAUGGCGCGCUGUCCAUGAAAUCAAGAACAGCCCGCUCCUGCAUGAAAUCCUCAACCCCAACAAGUUCACGAGCCUGCCCAACGACGACGAAGUGGCCAAGAUCAUGGGGCAUCUCAACCCAGUCGUACAGACCCACAUCGCCUCUCGCAGCAACAAGUCUCAGCUGGUUGCUAUAGCGGCAGCCUGCGACCCGGCACAUCGGACGGGGGUCACCCUCCUGCAGGGCCCCCCGGGGACGGGCAAGACUACUGUCAUCCUGUCCAUCCUGAACUUCCUUCAUCUCACUCAGUAUCAACAAUAUUACGAGAGCGUGUUGAAAGUUGUCCGCAGCAAGCUGUCAGUGCAGGCUGGGACGGCAGCCAAGACCCCGGAGCCUGUGAAUAUCGAUUCUGGGAAGUAUCACUCCGGAGCCCUCGAGAGCAUCCUCCAUGACAUUCAGAAGACUCCAUCAGAUCAUACUCCCAAGGUCCUCCCGAAGCCUCGCAUUCUCAUCUGCGCUCCCUCCAACGCGGCAGUCGACCACAUCGUCGAGCGUGUCCUCUCGGAGCGCCUGAGGGACGGCAACGGCCUCUACACACCCGACAUGAUCCGCAUCGGAUCCCCGAAUGCUUGUCAUCACAAGAUCAGAGUCGUCACCCUCGACCAUCAGGUCCAAGAGAUCAUGAGCAGAGGGGGUGAGCUGGAAGACUGCAAGCAUCGGUACCGUUCACUUCUCACUCGUCGGAGCUAUCUCGAGGCCGAGUGCAAAGGAGUAGGAGCAACCAACUCGCUCGAAGUGGAGAUGCUGAAGGUCAGGACUCAACUGGAGGAGGUCGAGCGAGACAUCAAGCGGCUGGAGGUCGUGAAGAAGAUCAAGUCGAGCAAGGAAGAAGACACAGAUCAGUUGAGAACCAUGCUGCUCGACGACGCUCAGGUCAUUCUCACCACCUUGAGCUCUGCUGGGCUGGAUUGUUUCUCUCGUUUGCAGAACAAGAUUGACACAGUGAUCAUCGACGAGGCCUGUCAGUCUGUAGAGGCUGGUACUCUCAUCCCCCUCCUGCUGGGAGCUCGCCGCUGCAUCCUUGUGGGAGACCCUCGACAGCUUCCCGCUACUGUCAUCUCUCAAUCUUCAUCUGCAGCCAUCUACCAGCGCUCGCUCUUCGAGAGGCUGAUGAGCUGUAAUCACCCCGUCGCCCUCCUCAACGUGCAGUACCGCAUGCAUCCAGAAAUCACAAGAUUUCCAUCCGAGUACUUCUACGAGGGGCGACUAGUGGAUGCAGAGAACCUUGGGAGAAGGAAGGAGGGUGAGAGGUAUCAAGCUGAUCCUUGGUUUGGCCCCUUCCACUUCUUCGACCUCAUCGACUCGAAGGAGCAGAGAUCCGAUGGUUCUUCUUUGAGGAACGUGGCUGAAGCAAAGUUUGUUGCAUUGUUGGUGAAGGAGCUCAUCUCAAGAUACUCCCAGCGCGGAGAGCUGAAAGGCAAGAUCGCCAUCCUAACUCCGUACCGGCAACAGAGGAACGAGAUCACCUCAAGCUUGAAGAGGCUAGUUGGUCCUCAUGCUGUCUCGGAGUCGGUUGAGAAUCGCAGCCCUGAAGUUGUGACUGAGCUUGCGCGAGGAUACAGCAUCGAUGUGAUGACGGUUGACUCUUGUCAAGGUCAAGAGAGAGACAUUGUCAUUUUCUCUUGUGUGCGAGCCAACACCAGGGGCGUCGGUUUCCUUGAAGAUGUUCGUCGCAUGAAUGUGGCUCUGACCAGAGCCCGUCACUCUCUACUCGUCAUCGGCAACUCGAACUCGCUCAAGGCGUCUGAGCCUUGGAAAGCGUUUCUUGCAAACGCCAAGAAGAGGGAGCGGGUGACAGUCAUUGAGUCCAAGAAGAUGCCGCCGGACUUCACCGCCGGGCCCCCGGAGCCGGGCAGCAAGUACCUCAACGACCAUGACGACGAAGACAUCGUACCAUGUGAGACUGAAGAGUGUGGGAGGUCAGAGGAGGCUGACAGGGAGAAAGAUCAAGCGAUGAACGAGCAGAGAAACGCUCUCAAGCUCGCCGAGGAGGAGCAAAGAAGGAAGAGGAAGGCGGAGUCUGACACACAAGGCAGCAAGAGGAGACAUGUAGAAAAGAAACUGGACGAUGACGUCAUCAUCAUCGACGCCUGCUGCCAACUCCUCCGCAUCGUCCAGUGUCCCAUCAGCCAAGCUGCUCAGAGCUCGUCCUCCUCUCAGCCUGGUCGAGGGCUGCCGGCCAAGGCGGUGCAGGAGAUCGUGAAAAGGAGCGGAGGAGUGCUCUCCUGCGAUCAGUUACUCAAAUGCGAGACUUGCAAAGAAAACUUCCUCUUCACAGUCUCUGACCAUCAACGCCUCAUCGACCGCGGCAUCUCGAGCAUUCCCAGCAGGUGCAAGAGCUGCCGUCUGAGCUCGAGCUCGGUCAGAGUGCAAGGGGGGCAGGAGGAGAGGAAAAAGGCGCAGGUGGAGGAGGCGAUCAAGCAGAAGUACCUCGAGGGGUCGAAGAGCGCGGCGGAUAAGAUCAAGGCAAUGACAGCGAGGGAAAUCAGCACCAGCAGCUUGUGGAAGGAACGAGCCAAGGCGCUUGACAAGGGAAAGUCGGGGAGCCAGAGCAGUGGGAUCAAGGGUUUCAAUACGAGAAUUUAA